AAGUUAGUUAAACUUAAAGUGAGAAACAUAAAAAGUUAAAAAGAGACGUCUUCGUUUCUGAUAACAUUUUUUUUUAGUGAUUUCGAGAAUGAAAAGAGAGAAAUUCAAUCAUAUAACUAAUCUCUCGUGGAAACUUUCUCUUUUCGUUUUAAUAUGCGGUUGUUUAUUGGUCAAAUCUAAGGAAGUUAAAGAUACUUAUUAUCGUUCAUCUUCGCGUCGUCCUAACAUCGUCGUCAUUAUCGCCGAUGAUCUUGGAUGGAACGAUAUAAGUUUCCAUGGAGCGGAUCAAAUCCCUACGCCAAACAUAGAUGCUUUGGCUUAUAAUGGUGUGAUUUUACAAAGGCAUUACACUUUACCUACAUGUACGCCCUCAAGAACGGCUUUCUUAACCGGACGUUAUCCUAUUAGACAAGGUAUGCAAGGCUAUCCGUUAAAAGCUGGCGAACAACGUGCCAUACCAAACAAGUUUAAACUGUUACCCGGAUAUCUUAAAGAUUUGGGAUAUUCGACCCACCUUAUUGGAAAAUGGCACGUGGGAUAUUACGCGCCAAAAUAUACACCAGCUAAUCGAGGCUUUGAUACGUUUUUUGGCUAUUACAAUGGUUACAUUCAAUAUUUCAAUCACACUAUCACGGAAUUACAAUAUAAAGCGCACACGGGAAACGAUUUACAUCGCGAUAGACCAAAUGAACUUUCUCCUGAAUUUGCAAGCGGUUAUAUGACCGAUCUUAUAACCGAAGAAGCUGAAAAAGUCAUUUCUACGCAUGAUCCAGCUAAACCGUUGUAUCUUCAAAUAGCUCAUCUUGCCUGUCAUGCCAGUGGUCUUAGCAACGGCGAUGAAUUGGAAGUUCCAGAUAUGGAAAAAGUUAAUACCGAUUUCGGCUAUAUCAAAGAUAUAAAAAGAAGAAAAUUUGCUGGUGUGAUAAGUAGCCUUGAUCGAUCUGUAGGCAAAGUAGUCGACGCAUUACAAAAGUCUAAAUUGUUAGAAAAUUCGAUAAUCUUAUUCAUCAGUGAUAACGGAGCACAAACCGAAGGCUUCUUGGAAAAUUAUGGAUCGAAUUAUCCGCUACGAGGAAUGAAAUUCACUAUGUUCGAGGGAGGUGUUCGCGUACCCGCCUGUAUCUUUUCACCAUUGAUAAAAAGACCUUCUAGGAUUUACAAUCAGCUGAUUCAUAUAACCGACUGGUUACCAACAUUAUAUUCCGCUGCUCAUGGUAAUGUUAAUUAUUUGAAAAAUUUAGAUGGUGUUGAUCAAUGGAAUACAAUUAAGAAAGGUACACGGAGUAAACGAAAUUCCCUUCUGGUAAAUAUCGAUAAUAAAAUUGACGAAGAAUCCGCUAUUAUUGGAAAAUACAAGCUGAUCAAACGUAAUAGUACUAAUAACGGGAAUUAUUAUGGUGAUGAUGGUGUAGACGAUUCAUAUCCGAGAUAUAACGCGUCAAAUAUUAUGUCUUCGCUCGUAGCUCGUGCUAUUUCAGCUAUUUCAAACAACAGAUUAACAGAGCAGAAGAUCAAAAAUCUUCGUCGGAGCACCAAGAUAUCUUGUAAACAUCCAACCUACUUUUUAAAUUGUACGCAAAAUUGCUUGUUCAACAUCCUUGAGGAUCCAUGCGAAACUACGGAUAUUUCUAAAAAUAAUCCAAAGAUCGUGGCCAAUUUACAAAACUACAUCGAUGUAUAUAGGAAGGUUCUUGUAAAUCAAACGAAUUACCCCAUUGAUCCAGCUUCUUUUCCUACAAAUUUUAACGGCACGUGGAUGCCUUGGCUAAAGGAUGAUUCAAAUUUAAAACUAAAGAAUUAUUUUUCAUGUUCAGAAUUUCUUUGCGGCUUGCCAGCGUUAUUAGUAUGACCCUCGAUAAAAAUUUCCCCGUUGAUGUAUCACGAUAAUAAAUCAUAUCUUCCUGCUCAUA